UCUUUUUUGGACUUGGACAAAAGUAUUAUUCAUUUUUCUCUCAGCUCCAUCUUCUUUCAGUUCAUACUGGUCCCUCUCCUUUCUCUCUCAAUAGGGCAUCUCUGGCACGCGCGUGAAGUAUGUGCUGAGAGGCAAGGACAUUGGAGCUGCUGUGCCUGCUGCAAUGCAAAAGAAACCAGCUUGGUUUUGAUUUUCUGCCUCUCUCACCAUCAAAUUUGGACACAAAUUCCAGAGGCCCAAACAAUUCAUCGCCCGAAAGCGACACAAUGGCUAGCUGCUAUUUCUUAAAUUCAUCAGAGGGUAUUCGGUGCAAGCCAUUCCCUUUUGUUUUUCAGUUUGAUUUUUGAUUUCCAAAAGAGGGGUUGCAGGUGCCCAUGCCAGAUUCAUAAGAAAAAGGAACAAUUUUGCUGGAUAAUUGAUUCAUGGAAUCUGUGCAUCAGUCUAUCAUUCCUGGAUUGCCUGAUGAUUUGGCAUUGAGAUGUUUGGCAAUGGUUUCUCAUGGGUACCAUGGACUGCUCGAAACCGUCUCAAAGACGUGGAGAGAUUUAAUCCGUAGCUUGGACUAUGCCAACUAUAAGGCUAGAGAAGAAUGGUGUGGCAACUGGCUGUUUGUUCUGACAGAAGGCUCCAACAAUGAGUGGGUUGCUUAUGAUCCUGAAGCUGAUAGGUGGCAUCCUUUGCCAAAGAUUCCAACUGUCCAUGCUGACUGGAAACACUUUGGAUUUUCAAGUAUUAGUGUUAGAAAUCGGUUUUUCGUCAUUGGAGGUUCCUAUGCACCGCAUGAUCCAGCAUUUCCACACCAAAGGCCUUUUAUAACAAACAAGGUGAUGCAGUUUGAUCCAUUUAAGAAACAGUGGACCAAUGUGGCAACCAUGCAUACACCGCGUUCUCAUUUUGCAUGUAGUGCUGUUUAUGGUAAAAUUUAUGUUGCUGGGGGGCGCAACUUAUCUUGUCCCAGAGGGCUUGCUCUUGCUGAGGUUUAUGAUCCGGUGGCUGAUAAAUGGGAGGAGUUGCCACCAAUGCGCAACCCUCAAAUGGACUGCUUGGGCUUAUCAUACAAAGGCAAAUUUCAUGUUCUGAGUGACCAAGUAGGCCUGCCAGACCAAAAUACCUCUGAGGUUUUUAGUCCAUCUGAUGGAACAUGGCGCACAGUUGAAGACAUCUGGCCUUUUUCAAGGGCAAUGCAAUUUGCAGUUCAGGUGAUCGGAGAUAAUCGAGUAUAUACUGUUGUAGACUGGGGUGAGAGCUUGAUUAAAACAAGGGAUACCGAAAAAGGAGAGUGGUACAACAUAGGCUCAGUUCCAUCGGUGAAUCUUCCUGAUCACUCGCGGCAGCUGGAGGCUUUUGGUUAUGGUUUUGCUGCAUUAAGACACGAACUAUAUGUUCUGGGAGGGAAGGCUCUCAAGUGGGAACAAUCAGGUGCUGGGAGGUUUGACAUUGUGAAGUUGGGUUUGGUGAGAGUUUGCAACCCGUUGGUUAAGCCCUUGAAAUGGAGGGAAACUAGACCCAUGGUUGGGUCAGCUCGUGGAACUGUUAUAGGGUGCGCGUCCAUGGAAGAAGAAUCUUCAAUUUUCCCAAGGUAGGGUUUUAGGCUGGAAAAAGGGAUGUAUAUGCUGAAAUCUGAUGCAUUUUGUUCAAUGGCAAGCCUCUAAGACUAAAUGUGACAUUGGCUGAGAUUUUUUUUUUCGGGUCAAAUUGGCUAAGAUUUGAUGAUAGUGUGUGAGAAGAUCAUAAAAUGGGGUGAUUUUAGCUGAUGCACUGACUAGAAAAGCCUUGCCUGGAGAGUGGAAACAUAUAGGAAGAAUUUACUCAAAUUUGCCAAAGGGAACAUGCUUGGCUGUGAUUCUGAAUUUUUAUACAAUCAAGUUCUUUUAUGACUUUUAUGAGUAACAAACUUCACUGAA